UAUUUUAUGGCAUGAGAUUUUUGUUUUUUCUGUUUUUCUUUGUAGAUUCUGGUAUUUGGUUUUUCCGGAUUUUUCUUUUGUGAGUUUAUUACUGCAAGAACUUAGUCCCUUUGUGGUUUUCUCGAUAUGAUGAUGGGUCUUGAGCUUCGCAUGCUUUCUUCAAUAUCCGGAUGAGUUUUUUCAGUUUGCCUUCCGCUAGCGGGUUUUUGGGACGCAGAGUUUUUCAGUGGAUUCGUGUGCGAAUUAUUAGAUCCAUCUAAUGGAAGUAAAUCAAUUCCUUCGUGGGUUUGCAUGUUCAUGGGUAUCCUCAUCGAUGAGUUUCCUGUGUUUUCUUAUCAUUAUAUGAAAUUCAUGUUCAUGGGCAUCCUCAUUGAUGAGUUUCAUGUGUUUUCUUAUCAUUAUAUGAGAUUUUCUUCUUUCAAGUGAGGCGGGUACCUCACGGUGGGGGGAUGGGAGGCCCCGACAGGAAAGAAAACUAGGGCACAGGAGGGGUAGUGUGUGCUGUGGUGGUGUGUGCCAUUGUGAAUGCAGAGAGAAGAGAGGAGGAACCCAAGAUCAGAGGGUCGUUGCGUGGGGAACAGAGAAAGAGGAGAAAUGCAAGAGGUUCAGUACGACAGGUUUAUUCCCAACAGAGGGGCUAUGGAUCUUGAUGUUGCUCAGUAUUUGAUGGUGGAUUCGAAGAAAGAGAAGCCAGUAGGCAUUCUAUCACCAUCACAGGAAGCAUAUAGGAAGCGGUUAGCGGAGGUCUGCCUGAAGAACAGGACCAGGAUCCUUGCUUUCAGAAGCAAACCUCCGGAGCCUACUGAGACUAUUCCAUGGGAAGUUUCUUCAUCACCGCAGCAUUCUAGGACCGUGAAGCCUCGCAGAUACAUUCCUCAGUCUGCAGAGAGAACUCUGGAUGCACCUGACCUAGAGGAUGACUACUACUUGAAUUUGCUUGAUUGGAGCAGCAGAAAUGUUUUGGCAAUUGCUCUUGGGCGCUCUCUCUAUCUCUGGGAUGCAUCAGAAGGUACUGCUUCGGAGCUCAUGUCAGUUGAUGAGGACAGUGGCCCAAUUACAAGCGUUAGCUGGGCUCCUGAUGGUAAGCAUAUAGCCGUUGGUUUGAAGAGUUCAGCAGUUCAGUUGUGGGACACAGUGGCAAGUAAGCAGUUGAGAACUCUACGAGGUGGUCAUCAAUCAAGAGUUGGUUCUCUUGCAUGGAAUUCUCACAUUCUUACGACUGGUGGAAUGGAUGGUUUAAUAUUUAAUAAUGAUGUGCGCAUUCGAUCUCAUAUAGUUGAAGAAUACAAAGGACAUGAACAAGAAGUUUGUGGAUUAAAGUGGUCAAGCUCAGGCCAACAAUUAGCCAGCGGAGGGAAUGACAACCUUCUGCACAUCUGGGAUCGGACAAUGGCAUCAGAGCAAAAUGCUAGACAGAAUCAAUGGCUACACAGGCUGGAUGACCAUAGGGCUGCAGUGAAAGCAUUGGCCUGGUGCCCAUUCCAGGGAAAUCUACUUGCAUCUGGGGGUGGUGGCAGCGACCGCUGCAUUAAGUUCUGGAACACUCAUACUGGGUCCUGCCUGAACUCUGUAGAUACGGGUUCACAAGUUUGUGCACUCUUAUGGAGUAAAACUGAAAGGGAACUUCUCAGUUCGCAUGGGUUUGAUCAGAACCAGUUGACAUUGUGGAAAUAUCCAUCGAUGGUUAGGAUGGCAGAGCUAACCGGUCAUACUUCAAGGGUUUUGUUCAUGGCUAUGAGUCCAGAUGGGUGCACAGUGGCAUCUGCCUCUGCAGGAGAUGAAACAUUGCGAUUCUGGAAUGUGUUUGGGAAUCCUGAAACAAACAAAAAGCCAGUCAGCAAGCCACUUGGGCCAUUUGCAAGUGUCAAUAGCAUAAGGUGAAAACAGAAAAAGGGAACAUGAUUAAGAUGGCAGGCGCUAGAAGGGAUAUUCAGCUUAGUUAAAUUCCAAGGGUUCAGAAUAUAGAUAGGAACAGACCACUUGGGCCCCUGCGGAAUGUCACAAAGAUUUGGACUUUGUCCUACAAAUUUGAUUUGCAAUUCUGGUUCGCUCUUUAACUUAUCUAUAUUAUGUUUUUUUCGAUAUCCCCAUAUUGAAUUGAAGUUCUUUGGUUGACAACACUAUUUUGAUACAUUAAACUUAUCUGGAUGAUCAGAUUUUUGAACUGGGUGAUAUUGGCUCUGCAAUGUCACAAAGAUUUGGACCUUGUCCUACAAAUUUGAUUUGCAGUUUUGGUUUGCUCUUUAACUUAUAUAUAUAUUACCUGGCCAAUGUUUUUGGUAUCCCAUAUUGAAUUGGAGUUCCUUUGGUUGACAACACUAUGUUGAUACAUUAAAGUUCUUAGCUCCUACAUUAUUCUUUAGCUUAAAAAUUUAUUGUGGAUACUUGUUAGAAUGCAAGUUAGGCGUCUGCAAAAUGGUUGUGUGUUUCUUUCUCUUUUUUCCCUUUUUUUUUUAAGGAAAUCAAUUUCAUGCUUUUGGUUUUCUGUUGUUUGUUUUGAAAAGGUAAAGAUCUUAUUCAAUUCCCCUAGAAAAUGUAUUCCUAUUUAUUUACUGUCUUUUAGGUUAACAGCUUGUUGUUGGUUCUUUCUGAUAGUUAAUCUUAUAUUUCAUGCUUGCCCUGUUGUUCCUUUUAUUGCUCGAGUGGCCUUCGUAAUCUGCAAAAUUUUUUUAACUGAAAGUGUGAUUCUCAAUGGUGGCCAUGGUUUCUCACAGCAGCGGGACAGCCUCAGCAUGCAUGUCCGUUAUUCAGGUUGUUGGUUUAGCUGUUUCUUUUCUUGUUACCACUAAUCUCCUCUUUGUGUGAUUCAGUAUGCAAGUCUGUUGUUGCUAGUUGAGCAGACCGCCUGCUCAGCAUGCAUGUCCGUUAUUCAGGUUGUUGGUUGUCAGCUGUUUCUUUUCUUGUUACCACUAACCUCUUUGCGUGAUUCAGUAUGCAAGUCUGUUGUUGCUAGUGGCGGACUGCUUUUCUCCAACAUCUGACAACCUCAGUAUGGAAGUCUGUUGACAACAGCCCCAGUAUGGAAGCCUGCAGUUUAGUUUUUUCUGUUCGUUGCACUUGAAGUUACGACUAUAUUUGUACUACAUAAUCAUAAUGAAUCUUCUCUUAUUACUCCGUGGAUGUAGCCACACAAAUUGUGUGGUGAACCACGUAAAAAUUGUGUCAGACUAUCUGUGUGUGUGUGUGUGUGUGUGACGAGCAAGACCUGCAAGACUAUGUGAACCAGAAAAUUUCAUGUGUUCAAAUUAGCGGAUGCACCUUAGAUA